AGAACAACGAUGCGAAGGAGGAGAAGAUUAAAACACUACAAGAGGAGAAAGAAGUACUCAAGACCCGCGUGAAGAAUAUCAACGCGAAAGCACGCUCAGCCGUGUCAGAGAGGGAUGCGCGGAUCAAAGAACUGGAAGUGAAGAUAGCCACACUCUCCCAGACCGCGCACACACCUGCUUCUGACGCCAGUGUCAGCGCUGAUUCGAACACGACUACGCAGAACAGCCUACAACGGCACACAUCGAACGA